ACUUCCCACCAAUCUUCCCAAAAUGUCUUCUCCUUCUCCAUCUCCUUCCAAUCCCCUUCUCCUUCUCUUCCUUCUCCUCCUCUCCAUCCCAUCAUCAACUCCAAGCCCUCAAUCCAACGGCCAGGGUUUCAUCUCCCUGUCCAUCUCCGACAAGGGCCUUUUCUUCAUCAAGGACCUGUUGAUAGAACAGGCCAUCUCCACCCUCACUCCUCUCACUCUCCCCACAAUCCAGAAAUCAAUCAAAAUCCCUUUGCUUGGGAAAGUCUAUGUCUCCCUCUCCAACAUCACCCUCUCCCACGUCAAUGUCUCCUCGUCGACCAUACAGCCCGGCGAGACGGGCAUCGCAAUCGUCACGUCCGGCAUGACUGCCGAUCUGAACAUGACUUGGAAAUACUCUUAUCGAACUUGGGUCAUAAUUCCCAUCGAUAUAUCCGAUAGUGGGACCGCCCAGAUUCUGGUUGAAGACAUGGAAGUUGGGCUUACCUUAAAAAUGGAGAAUCAAGGUGGAGGUCUAAGGCUCUCCCUCAUGGAAUGCGGUUGUUAUUUGAAGGAUAUUUCCAUAACAUUGGAUGGUGGAGCAUCUUGGUUUUAUCAGGGGUUGGUGGAUGCUUUUGAAGGGAAGAUUAGGUCCGCUGUGGCAAAAGCUAUCACCAAAAAGCUUGAAGAAGGGAUUGUAAAGCUUGAUGCCUUCUUGCAAAAGAUUCCCAAAGAAGUCCCAGUUGAUGAUAUUUCUGCCUUGAAUGCCACUUUUGUGAAUGACCCGUUAUUGAGUAAUUCUUCUGUUGGGUUUGAAAUAAAUGGCUUAUUCAUGGCGAGAGAUAAAGUUUCACUUCCCAAGUACUAUCUUAGAAAUUCACAAACUUCAGCCCCCUGCAAUGGUCAAAUGCUUCAGAUUUCGUUAGAUAAAGCUGUACUUGACUCUGCAUCGGAUGUAUACUUCAAAGCAGGAAUUAUGCGCUGGAUUGUGGACAAAGUCCCCGAUGACUCUCUUUUAAACACUGCUGGCUGGAAAUAUAUGGUCCCUCAGCUCUACAAGAAGUAUCCGAAUGACAAAAUGCAACUGAACAUUUCUCUGUCUUCUCCUCCUGUCAUAUGGAUUAUAUCAGAUCAAAUCCAAGCUACCGUCUCCUCAGACAUGACGAUUGAAGUUCUGGAUGGUGGUGAAGUAAUACCUGUUGCAUGCAUAUCAAUGGUAAUCAGUGCCUCCGGUACCGUGGAGGUUUCAGGCAAUAACCUAGCUGGACGAGCUGGAUUGAAUGAAUUUACACUGAACUUAAAGUGGAGCAAAGUCGGAAGAUUCCAUAUGUAUCUAAUUCAGACGGUGGUAUGGGUUUUCCUGAAGGACGUCGCCCAGCCAUACGUGAAUUCACAUCUCCAGAAAGGAUUCCCUCUGCCCAUCAUUCACGGCUUCUCCCUCCAAAAUGCUGAAAUACAGUGCAGUGGCUCAGCAAUCACGGUCUGCAGUGAUGUAACGUAUGCCGACGACUCAUACAAUGUUAAGCAGCUUCUAAAUGUACCAUUACUGAUCAACGCCUAGACGAGACGGUAAGAUGAUACACGUAUGUGAAACUUGGAGGAGAGAAUUGCCAAUCAAACACGUGUAGAUCUCAGCCCUCGACAUGCUGGGAACAUGUGCCACCAACGUGGCAUAGCCAUGUGAAAUCCAAGCUAUUUGGUUGGGUGGGUCCCACCUGCCUGCAUGCGCUAGCAAGACAGUAAGGCUGUUGCAAUAAUCAUGUCUGGCGCACCUUAUGGAUGGCUCGGAUGUUCCACAUGAUCAGUGGGGAGGAGCUGAGAUUGACACACACAAUUGGCAAAUCUCCAAAGUAGAAUGUAUUAAACCGUUUCAGGUUCCAAACAGUAACAGAUAGUUGUACAGUGGAUGUUUCAGAACUUGUUUAUUUGUUAUAGUUUGUAUAUGGGGUGUAUACCCCAUGGAGAUUUCAUCAUUUCCAUUCACAUGUAUAAUAUGUAAUCUGAUGCUCUGGAUCUUC